CUUGCUUUGCUCCUCCCGUCGAGUCUUCUCCAUCCAAACGAAACCCUACGCCGCCGUCCAAACCAAGCAACAAAUAUUCUCCUCCGGCCGCCCCCCUCGUCCAUGGACCAUUUGCCAAAUCCUAUAUACACGAAUCACUGUCACAACCCACAAAUCAAGGAAGCUCACGACGCAAGAGAUCGUUCGCUCGCUCGUUCGCCAAGAAACCAACCACGAUCCCAGCAAAGCCAGCCAAGAAGAAGAAACCACCCUACGUGCGUACCUAGCUAAUGGCGACGGAGGCCGCCAAGAAGGAGAUGGUGUUCUUCGACGUGGAGACGGCGGCGGCGCCGUCGCCCUCCGACUCGUCCGGCCAGUGGUGGCUGUUGGAGUUCGGCGCCAUCCUCGUCUGCCCGCGCCGCCUCGUCGAGCUCGCCAGCUACUCCACCCUCAUCCGCCCGGGGGACCCCUCCGCCGUCUCCAGGCGCUUCUCGGGCGACCCCUCCCUCUCCGCCGCGUUCCGCGCCGCGCCGCCCUUCGCCGACGUGGCCGACGACAUCUUCGCGCUCCUCGACGGCCGCGUCUGGGCGGGCCACAACAUCCGCCGCUUCGACUGCCACCGCGUCCGCGAGGCCUUCGCGGCGGCCGGCCGCGCAGCGCCGGAGCCCGUGGCCGUCGUCGACUCCCUCAACGUGCUCGCCCAGGGGUUCGGCCGCCGCGCCGGGGACCUCAAGAUGGCCACCCUGGCCGCCUACUUCGGGAUCGGGAAGCAGACGCACCGCAGCCUCGACGACGUGCGCAUGAACCUCGAGGUGCUCAAGCACUGCGCCGCCGUGCUCAUGCUCGAGUCCAACCUCCCCGCCGGCGUGCUCCCCGGCGCCGACGACGGCGCCGUCACCAGGCGCAGGGCCGCGACGUCUUCUACCACGACGGCGCCCGCGACUCCUCCUCGUCCUCCUCCUGCCGCCGCGGUUCUGAAGGUGAACGGGAGGUCGUCGUGCAAGAGGGACAGCACGGGGAAGGUGGUGGCGGCAGCGAGGGGAGCGGCGACGGCCACGACUAGCGGUGGUGCUCGGAGAGUGCGCCGGCCAAUGACGACGCCGCCGUUCAGCAUGGUCCUUAGGCACUCCAGGGCCAUCGUGAGAUGAUCCGUCGACUAAUUGCUUCCAUACAAAUUUGCAUUCAUUAAUUUGUAGAUGGAAAUGGAAAGGUACAAAUAACCAUUCUAGCUAGCUAGCUAGGUAGCCGUGUUCAUAUUUACCCAAUGUCUAAUUAGAUAUAUGUACGUUGUUAACCACCUUCUCGUUGUUGUAAAAACGCAACGCACAUUUCAUUCAUUUGCAAUUGUAUAAAUGGCCCGUAAGUCUCAGCUGGAGCAUUGUAACCCAUAGUUGUACCCACCUCUAUUGUAAAUCUGUACAAAAUAUAAGA